AUGGCUGGAACACUUUCGAAUCUGUCGAAGCUUUCAAUCCAAGAUGGGGAGGAAGCUAACGAAAUAAGCCCGGUAGAGAAUAGUGUGAUAAUUGAGGAUGCAGACUGGCUUGAGGUGCCGGAGGAGAUUAGUUUUCAGUUGUGUCCGGUUUGGAUGUACCUUCGGAUUAGGGUAAGGAUUGAUGUUAAUCUUCCAUUGAAGGAGGGUACAACGAUUACUACGCCGCACAGGGAUAUUGAGUUUUCUGGUUAUCUGCGUGCCGAGAUACCAGACCUCAAGCCAAGGCAUUUCCAUAUCGGAGUCAGUAGCUUGAAGACAGGUAGCUUGGGUGGUGCAAGUGGCAGCCGCUGUUUGCCUGCAACAACUACUUCUGUGACCUCUCGGCCUCAGGCGUUCCGGAAGCAUUUUGGGCCUUUAAAUAUGAGUUCGGGUUCUAAGCAAGGUGGGCCUGUGGACAUGGGUGUGGAUAAAAGAUGGAUGCUAGAUCCUGUUUCAAAUGAGGCUAAUGGGCAUAAACGUUCUAAGCCCACUUUAGUUGAUGAUUUUGGGCCUGAUGUAUACUCCACUCUAGUAGCAGGACAGAAGUCGCAGUUUGCUAUGAGUGAGCUAUCUUCUUCUCCUCUUUUUAUCUUCGGCAAUGGUGCUACUUUAGAAGCAAAGUCAGUUCGGAAGUGGCGUAAGAUGGCAAGGGUUUUGUCGAAACGAGAGACACAUCGUAGGAAUGAGUCCUGGCACUUACUUCGAACCCUUAAUGUUAAAUCGUCGUUGCCAUGGUUGUGUGCUAGCGAUUUUAAUGAAAUUUUGUGCAGUGAUGAGAAGGUAGAUGGGGCAAUUGAUCCUUCUCUCCAAAUGGAUGAGUUUCGAGAGCAUAAAUUGAAUGCCAAAAGCAAGGAGUAUGAUGCUGUGUAUAAGGAGGGUACGGAUGAUACUCUUUUUAAUCAGUGCAAAAGUGAGUUGGAUGAUCUGAUUAAGCAGGAAGAAGUAAUGUGGCGGGAGAGAUCAAAAGCGUUUUGGUUGAGGGAAGGUGAUAGAAACACGGGUUAUUUUCACUCAGUGGCAACAACUCGGAGAAGAAGGAACAAUAUAUCUAGCAUUGAAGAUGCCGGUGUGGAUUGGAAAACUAGUGAUGCUGAUAUUGAAAAGGCGAAUAUGGUGCCCGAUCCUGAUGGGUUUUCCCCUUCUUUUUUCCAGAAGUGUUGGCAUAUCGUAGGUACGGAUGUUGUGCGUUUUGAACUUGACUUCCUGAAUAAUGGGGUUGAUCUGCCCGAUGUAAAUCACACAAAUAUCGUCUUGAUCCCUAAAGUUGAUAAUCCAGGGACGAUGAGGGACUAUCGGCCUAUAACUUUGUGCAAUGUGAUUUUCAAAAUUGUUUCUAAAGCUAUUGCGAAUCGUCUCAAAUUGGUGCUUCCUAGUGUGAUUGGGGAGAGUCAGAGUCCACGGGAGGAGGAAAGCAGUAGGCGGCGGAGAGACAAAAGGGAAACAUUAAUAAUAAUACUAUUAUAG